AUGGUUCUUAGCCCGUUCGUUCAAAUCACACCAGCAAUAAACCAGAGUGCUAGGAUCAAUGCCAGCUUCCUAAUCAAAGAUUUUGAUCGAACAGGCAAGGCGAUGGCGCCACCCUGGCGAGUGUGCAACGAUUGGGACAAUCCAAUCUUCGGCUGGAUUGUCGUAAACUACCCGGACUCCUCCUUACAAUUCUUUACGGGAGACGGUAUUUUCUAUACCUCGCUUCGUUUUGGUGGCCCUACCGGUACGGUGACUGGCCUUCAAUGGGCACCUUUCGCACAGCCAGCUGAGCCAGAUAAACUUGUCUCGCAGCAGCUGGUAGAUUUGAUAAACCAGAUGCAGGGAGACGACAUUGCGAAGGCACAAGAAUAUCUUCGAGCGAUCUGGGGCAUGAUCAAUGGUGCAAUCGGAAACAUGCCCUUUCCUCCGUCACAGUACUCCGCCUAUGCGAAUGCCAUUGUGGGGAAGCCUCUAGCUCUAGUCAACGCAGGUUGGUCACUUGAACUUGCUGAGCCCGUGAAAACAGCUCAGCAUACUCUGGGACAAAUUCCCGAUACUGGAUAUGAGCAGAGAAUGAUGGAUUCAUAUAAGUUUCCCGUCAAGAUUGGAGACAUGGAACGCCCAUUUGAUGGUGUGAUAUGCUACUGGGACAAUCCAUUGGACAACAGCGUUAAGAGUGCUGGGAGAACAGACUUUACCAAGGUGUUUACCUAUCCAUUCCCCUCCUCUAUUACCGAACCAAGAGCAGAAUCCUCAGCUACGGAUCCUCGGGUGAUGAUUGAACCAUCAACUUUCCCAACACUUACCCCAUACUUCAUUGAUCCCACCUCCGUGGACGAGAAGAAAGGUCUUCUCAAAGCAAAGGCAGAGAGACUUAUGGUGAAAACCUUAUUGAUAGAUCCAUACACUUCACUGCACCUCUACAGUGCCGUGUUGCCAAUCAAGACUAUCAAACUCCCUGGCUGGUCUUUAGAGGCUGCGAUGAAAAAUAUGACUACCUUUUUCGUCCUCGGUCCACUUCUCGUCACGAAAGAUGUCCCAAAAUUUUAUGAUACAUCGAGACCUCUCAGAGCAGACUCGUGGCUCACAAUGCAGGAAGCGUUUGACCCAAUGGCCACAGAAGAAGCAUUUCCUAUCAAGCUACCUAUUGCUGGAGGAAAAGGUAUGUGGAACUGGCUCCAGCCAUAUGUUGAUUCGAGUCAACCAGGUAAUGGAGAUCCCAUCAGACCGCGAUACAAUGCACUUGAGGUGGGCCAGGAGAGUGGGACUUUGCGAGAUGACCCCGCGCCGUAUACGUUUAUUGAAGGUUUUUUGCAACUCGCUCGGCCACUGAUAGAUCGAAAUCAGGUAAACAUGUCAGGUUGA